AUGUCUACAUCUAGCAUUGCAGCAAGAGUAGAAAUGUGGCUUUCAUCCACAUGGCACGUUAAAGUUCCUUUAACAUGGCUGGAAGCAUGUAUUAAUUGGAUCCAGGAAGAAAAUAGUGGUAGUAAUUUAAGUCAAGCUCAGAUUAACAAGCAGGUAUUUGAGCAGUGGCUUCUUACUGAUCUGAGAGACUUGGAAUAUCCUGUUUUGCCUAACUGCAUCUUAGAUACUCCCAAGGGAGAGUUAUCAGGCUGCUACUCCAUACAGAUUGAUUCAAUGGUGGAUGUUAGCCAGUCAGCAUAUUCACAGUUGCAGAAGCUAAGAGGGAAAAGCACUAUAAAUGAAGAAGUAACAGCCAGUACUCAGGCGUUUCAGAAGCCCUGGGAAGCAAAACCUACUCGAAUGCUGAUGCUACAACUAACAGAUGGCAUACAUCAAAUUCAGGGCAUGGAGUAUCAGCCGGUGCCUGUUCUCUGCAGUAAUCUUCCUCCUGGAACAAAAAUCACUGUACAGGGCAAUAUUGCAUAUCGCCUUGGAGUUCUUUUGCUUAAAGCAGAAAAUGUAAAACUGUUGGGGGGUGAAGUUGAUGCUCUUCUUGAGGAUUAUUGUCAGGAAAGAGUCCUUGCUAGAUUGAUUGGAGAAACUGAAAACCCUAAUUCUGUUGGACAAGCUGGACAUGAGGAGAUAUUUUCAAGGCCUGUGGAUGAAUUAGAACAAACUCUUGGCCCUUCAGAUGAAGAGCUUUUAGCCAGCCUUGAUGAAAACAGUGAAUUUACUUUAAACAACAGAACAUCUUUAGAAAGUGGAUACUGUAGUAGAAGCAACAAUUUUAAUACAGCCUCAGGUUCACUGACAGCACACAAUGGAAAUGUUUUGCUACAAAAAUCUGGAAGUCCUUUGCCUCACUCAGUUGAACAAGUUUCACCUCCCAUAGACUAUGCUAAUGGAUUUUUAAAUGACUUUCCUUUAGAAGAUGACUUUCUUCUGGAAGAAGAGAUGCAAACAGAAAUGGAAGAAGUACCACCAGUGGAUAUAAACAGAAACAUAGAUUUAAUUACUGGAAGACCUCCACAUAUAGCUAGAAGCUCUUGCAAUUCAUCUCUAAAUGACACUGGUGAAGAAGACAAUGUGAAUGAAAGAGAUAAGCCCAGGGAAGCAAUCAGCAAGGAUAAGAAUGUGGGAAGAACAAUAUUUGAUGAAGAUGGAAAUAGUAUGAGUGGCUUUUUGCAGCACAGGGGCUUACGUCAGAUUUGCAGUUCGUCAGAUUUUUCUUUGGAAAAUCCUCCUGAGGAAAGGCAGAGUUAUACAGACCUACAUGAGAGCAGAUGUAAACACCAACAAACAUCUGACAGCAGGGUAUUAAAUGAUGAUCCUGUCUUUUCCUUAAAAAUGGAUCCAGAAGGAGAUCAGCUGAAAUGUGAUUCACAGAUCUUUCCUUGCAAGGCAGUGGAGGCGCAUGUAGAUUUAGAUUCUCCACCUUUCACAUAUAUUUCCCUUCUCCUUGCAAAAAAACCAGAAACUGUUACAAUUCUGAAAGUUAAAUGUUUUAUUGUCACUCUCACUGGAAACCUUACAAAAAACAGUGGGUCCUGGGGUAUAAAGGCAAAAAUUUCUGAUGGCUCUGCUUAUCUUGAAGUAGAUUUUGCUGAUGAUAUUCUAAAAAGUUUGAUUGGCUUUUCAGUGCCUGAAAUGAAUAAGCUGAAAAGGGAUCCAGCUUCACGUCUAAAACUUAAGGAUGGUUUAGAGAAAUGCCAAAAACAGCUGAUAGAUCUCUGCUGUUUGAUGACUAUUGAGUUUAAUCCAUUUCAGUCUAAAGCUACUGUAUUAAUUCUCCAGGAUGCUGAUGCUAGGCAUCUAGAACAAUUGAAGAAACGUUUGAAUAAAUAACAUGUGCAAACUUGCAGGCUGUAUAUUAGGAAAUGUUUAAGUCAUAUUUCCCUUGAAGAACUUGAAAGUUAGAGUUAAAUGGUGUGUCUUUUAUCAGGAGUUAGAAUGUAAAAGUGAGUCAAGGAGAUUACUUGUUAGAGCAAAACUGGGCAGUCUGUUUCUUAUGGUGACAGUAUUGGAAUAAGAUUUCAAAUAUUUGUGUCCUGAUUUUUUCAUUCUGCAAAAUCCUGUGUGUUCUAGACUGGUAAUCCUGAGUAGCAGAAUUUAUAAGGAAGUAUAACAAUUAUAUAGUUCAUCUAUAACAAUGAACAAACCAUCUUGUUAUUUUACUUUUUCAGGUACUUACUUGAAUUUUAAAAGAAAGGUAAAGGAGACUCAGUUUUUUC